GAGAAAACAAGCGCGGGAAAAUCCACCCUUAUUAAUAAAAUACUAGAAAUGAGAAUUUUUAAAGGAAGAAACAUGGAAUCUACAUCAACAGUCUGCAAAAUACGAAACUCUGACAAAGUUAUGAUAAAAACUGAGUUAGAAAAUGGUGAGGUUGAGCGCAGAGAUAUGAGUGACAUUGAUGUACUAACAAGGAAAGGGGAAAAAACUCUUCGAGAUACACUGAAGAAUCUUACAGAUAUGACCAUUGAAAAAGACAGUAGAAAGUAUAAAAGUGUUGAUAUUGGAUUACCAGUACCCUUUUUAAAGGGUAACACAAUAAUGGUUGAUACACCAGGAAUCGGAGGCUCUGGAAAAGUCAGUCAAAAGUUAAUGGAAUACUUGCCAAAUGCUGUUUCUUUCAUAUUUGUGAUCAAUGUGGCAAGUGCAGGAGGGAUGCAAAGAGACAGACUUCCAGAAAUAUUAAAAGCCAUUACCAACUUGCAAAUGGAUGACGAAAUGCCUUGCUUUGAUCAACGAAGUGUCAUCUUCAUAACAAAUAAAUGGGAUUCCAUAAAGAAAGAUCCAGAUGACAGCAGCGAUGAAGACGAGGUCGAAAAAACUUGGAAAAAAUUAUCAGAGAGGAUUCUUAGACAGUGGCCUUCAGUUAGGAAAGAAAAUAUCUUCAGAAUGAAUCUAACAGAUGUAUAUCAAAAGGAAACUGCAACUCAGGAGUUUAAUCAAUUCCGAAAGUCUUUAGAAAAGAUUGUUAAGGAAAAUGAAAAUAUAAGAACUACGGAACACUUUAG